AUGAUCCUGACUUAUUUAGUGAAAAUCCAAAUUUUACCAAUAUCAUGACCAAGUUAAUACUUAAUCUUAUUGACAAAGAUAAGAUUGUAGAAUAUAGGGAUAAUUCUAUGGAACCAUUUUUGGUUACACAAAAAUUUGAAGUAGAAGAACCAAUAAUGAUAGGUUGGAGUAAUCUAAUUCCUUAUCUUAAUGCAUUUGUAUUAUCUGAUAAUAAUGUAGAUUCAGGUAGUGAAGAUAAAAUUGAAAUUGAUAAUAAAAGGUUGAAUUCAAGUAAGUUGAUGAAUCCUCAUAAAUGUAAAGGAAAAAGUCGACUAAAGAGAACUGAUAGAAUUAGACGUGCAGAUGAGCCAUCAAAAAAAACAAAAUGCAAGUUACAUUAUAAGAUUUGUAGAG